CAAUUGUUUUUUGUAUUUUGUAGUCCUGUAAAAAUCUGACCAGUGCAUAGUACAAAUUUAUUUUGUACUGUAAAUAUCUCUCAUCGCUAAUAUCCAGCCUGUGAUCCACAAUCGCCAAAUUAACCCAAGAGAAAACUCCGUUUCCCAACGCCCUCCUGUCAAUUUUUCUUUCUUAAAGAAAAUUAAUGGACCCUGACCAUCAUCUGCCUGGCAUGUCACCGCCACCAUCAACACCCAUGAACGGCACCGACGGGAUGGACCACAAGAUGAUGACGCACAUGACAUUCUUCUGGGGCAAGGAUACAUUGAUCCUUUUCUCCGGCUGGCCUGGCACAAGUACAGGCAUGUACGUGCUGGCCUUGGUGUUCAUUUUUGUGCUUGCGGUCCUGGUCGAGUGGCUCUCUCAUUGCCGAUUAGUCAAGCCAGGGUCCAACAAUGUCGCAGCUGGUCUUAUACAGGCAUUGAUGCAUGCUGUCAGGGUUGGUCUUGCCUAUAUGGUAAUGCUUGCUGUCAUGUCCUUUAACGGCGGUGUGUUUAUUGUAGCCGUGGCAGGACAUCUUGUAGGUUUUUUUAUCUUCGGGAGUAGAGUUUUCAAGGAUACAGAGAUGCCGCCGUAUCACAAGACCUCCGAUCUUCCUCCAACAAGUAAUUGAUCGGAAAAAAAUAGAAUUAUGUGUUUUACCUUUCCUUUUUCCUCCUUUUUUUUUUUUUUUUUUAAAGGGUUGCCAGUUUAGACUUUAGAUAGGUAAAUCAUGUUAAUUAUCGUAUUAAUUUCUUUGCCAUCUGGGGCCAUUCAAAUUCACAAUCAUCAAGUUAUUGGUCCCAACCAAAAUUAGUGGCAUAUGACCGCAUGAUCUUAUCA